CUGCGUCCAACUGCAUCAAACUGCAUCCAACUGCAUCCAACUGAGUCCGCCUGAGUUCCAGCCAGCUUAAUUCGACAUCCGGCCCUCCCUCUCAUGCUCUGCAUGUCUCUCUCGAUCAAACACCCCAAUGUCGUCGCCCAUCCCCCGUCGCCCAUUCCAUGGUCUCGAGCCUGAUCAUGCCCACACCCCCUCGUCCCUUUCCGCGUCCUCGGCCACACCUCCGUCUUGCUUCUGGACGGGCAUUCCCGCUGAAAGCGCAUCGCCAGCGCUCCAUCCCCAUCUCCCUGCUUCGGCCAUGGCCUCCCCGCGGCUCUCCCAGCACCCCCAGCUCCCACCCGCUGCUUCCCCGCCUCUGUCGGUCGAGUGCCGCUCGGUCCUGGUGGUGGCCAGUCUGCUGAUCGACCACGUUGGCCCGGUGGAGUGGACCAAGUUGUGCUCGCUGUCCCGGCAUGCCCGUGCUCUCCUCUCCCAGCCAAUGUAUUGGAAGAUCCUCUUCCGCGAGUACUUUGGCUUUCCUGCUCGAUCGAUUCCCUCGCAUCAGAUUGCCCACCUCAUCGUUGCCGCCGAUUCGUUUCUCAACCGCACCCGUCCUGACCCGCACCCUUGCGAGCUGAUCCUGUGGCAGAAUGUCCACCUGUAUCCACAGCUGCUGGACAGCGUCAGGGCCCUUGCCCAAGAGCAUCGCAGUAUCCUCUGGGCUCGCUGGCCACAUGCCUCUUCUCGAUCUCAGUCAGGCUCGUCCUUCCUCUGGGACUGGAUGGCUGACGGCUCCUUUCCCGACACCGUCGGUCUGCACGACUUCCGCGACUACGGUCUCUACAGCGGCUAUGGCUGCAAGCAGCUGCCCGAAACCACCUGUUUCUGGCGGCCCACGGCCAUGGUCAUCCAGUCUCGCUCGCUCGCCGAGCUGCCCGCUUCGUUUGGGUGCCUCGCAAAAUCCUUGGUCACGCUGUGGAUACAGGAUUCGCCGCUGUAUCGACUCCCGGACUCGCUCUCUGGGUCUUCGCAUCGGGUCGUGGUCGCAGGCGCACCGUGCCCGCCUUCGCCGGUGAGCCUGGCUGCCGACACUCCCUCGGCAACGCCUUGCCGGUCGCCCGUUGACCCUCCGUCACCCAUGGAUGUCGCUUGGCCCCUCUCUCCGAUAUCAUCUGGGAUCUCGGACCCGAUGUCGCCAUCAGCAACAGCCUCCUCAUGCAUUGGCUCGCCACUGUCCUCCGAUCCGUUGCCGUUGGAGGCCGACACUCCCUCCUCGAUGGAAGACUGCUCGAUCGUCUCGAUCCCGCCGCCGUCGCUGGCUUUCAGUUCUUUGACGACAUAUGCCGCGCCUCCGCUCACCGAGCUUCGUCUGGUCGGCUGUGCCAACCUCGAAUGCAUCGCACCCAUUGCUGGUUUCUCGUCCCUCAAGACCCUGCACCUCGCAAACUGCCCCUCACUCCGCUCGAUCGAGCCAGUGCGCUCCCUCUCUUCACUGGAGCAUCUGACCCUCUCCAAGUGCAUCGGCAUCGUCUCACUCUCUCCGCUGGCGGCGCUUCAAAGUCUGAGCGAUCUGGAUCUGAGCCAGUCUCCCCAGAUCGAGUCACUCGAACCUCUGCGGUCUCUCGCCGGCCUUCGAGAGCUGCACCUCCAGAGAUGCCGGUCCAUCUCCUGCAUCGAACCACUGAGGAACCUGCGUCGCCUCACGAAACUCAAUCUCGACUACUGCACGCUUCUUCCGUCCCUUGACCCUCUGUCGGACCUGCGAGAGCUUGUCGCCCUCAGUGUCGCCGGCUGCUCCUUGAUCACCACCCUCUGGCCUCUCCGAUCCGUUACUUCGCUGCAAGAUCUCAACUGUAGCGAAUGCCCGAAGCUUGCGUCCUUGGCCGGCCUCGAAAGCCUCGCACAACUUCGGAUCCUGAACGCCGCAGGAUGCGUCCGCAUCGCUUCCAUAGAGCCUGUCGCACGCCUGUCGAUGCUCCGAAACCUCGAUCUGCUGCAGUGCGAGGGAAUCGUCUCCAUCGAACCUCUGCGAGAGCUGACCGGACUCCAGUCUCUGGACCUGGGCGGCUGUACGCUCCUCACCAGCAUCAAGCCGAUCGCAUCACUGAGCGCCCUGUAUCAACUCAAUCUCCAAGAAUGUUGCCGAAUCGAGUCACUGGGCCCUCUUGCUGGUCUGGGAUCGCUGGAGUGGCUCAAACUGACCGAAUGCACCUCGGUCUCCUCGAUCCAGCCCCUCUCGGCUCUGUCGCAGCUCAAGGCGCUCUACCUCGAUGGGUGCAGCCGCAUCUCAGAUCUGCGGCCCCUUGCUGCUCUUCGCGUGCUCAACGUGCUCGAUCUGGCCGGCCUUUCGUCCGUUCGCUCGCUCGAUCCGCUCUUGGAACUGCAUCUCCUCUGCGACUUGAAUCUGGGUUGCUGCACGGCGAUAUCGUCGCUGAAACCUCUGGCGUCGCUGAGAAGCCUCGCUCGACUGUCGCUUUGCCCGUGCCAUCCGGUCCCGAAUCAGGAAGAAGCUUCCGUGCGACUCAACCGUACUCGCGAAGCGAACGCCCUGGGUCGCCUUUGCCUGCAGCUGUUGUGUCGUGGGCCUCGGGCUUGCGUCCCGUCGAUGUGAUCUGGGCAGCGCCCAGCCACCCAUGAUCGAUCCUGGAAUAAAUGACAAUAAUUCUGCGUCG